GCUUUGAUUUCUGGUGUUUGAAGGGAAAAGCAGCACAACAUCCCUAAUUUUAGAAAGAAAAGCAAUACUUUGAAGAGGUUGAUGCUUUUGAGUUGCUGGAAGAAAGCCCAUCUCCGAAAAGCUCUAGUACAUGGGCCACAGACAAUGAAACUGAUGCGGUUGCUAUACCACAUUUGUCAUCAAGAUAAGAGAAUUGGCUUUCUUGCGAAGAAGGGCCUUCUAGUACACUUUCAAAGUUAUUAGGAACUCCAACCAUGCCUCCCUUGGAACCUAUGUGUGGCGAUGAUUUGAACAUUGUAGAUUUGAUAACUCCAGAAAAACAUGUUUUGAAGACUAAUUCGAAACUGCAUUCUGUCCAGAGUAGAAUUAAAUCGUAUUUACCAGGUAAAGAUGUAUUUGAAAGGAAUUCACUUGAUGAGGGUUGUGAAGAAAUUGAUGGAGCAGCUAAGAAACUGUCUUCAGUUUCAACGUCUACUUUAUCAGAUCAUGACAUGAACAUUGUGGAUUUGAUAACUCCAGAAAAACCUGUUUUGAAGACUAAUUCGAAACCGCAUUCUGUCCAGAGUAGAAUUAAAUCGUAUUUACCAAGUAAAGAUGUACUAAAAAUGAAUUCACCUUCACAAAAGAGAAGUUCUAUUUUGGUGUGUGAUGAGGGUUGUGAAGACAUUGAAGGUGCAGUUAAGAAACUGUCUUUAGCUUCAACGUCUACUUUAUCAGAUCAUGAAUUGAACAUUGCGGAUUUGAUAACUCCAGAAAAUCCUGAUUUGAAGAGUAAUUCGAAAAUGCAUUCUGUCCAGAGUAGAAUUAAAUCAUAUUUACAAAGUAUACAUGUACUUGAAAGGAAUUCUCUUUCACAAAAGAGCAGUUCUAUGUUGGUGUGUGAUGAGGGUUGUGAAGGCAUUGAAGGUGCAAUUAAGAAACUGUCUUUAGCUUCAACGUCUACUUUAUCAGAUCAUGAUUGCGGGGAUCCAUUUUCUGCGCUAUUCGCAGUCUCUGGACAGUCAGUUCCAUUGACAUUGCUGGAAGUAUUCUCUAAAUAUUGUUGUUCUUUUUCCCAUCAAGCAGCUGCUCUUUUCCCCUACAAGAUGCUCUUACAUAUAUUCAUAUUGUUUUUACUCACAAGAGGUCAUUGAACAAUGCAUGCGUGCAAACCUUUUCAGUUUUCUAUAUUUGAACCCAUUUCCGAACAAUAUUUCUUUUCAAAGAAGCAAUUAUUUUAUCUGGAUGGUGUCUGCAGCUGUUUGGUCGGGGGUUGACUUUUACAACAAUUUUUCUUACUUUGAGAUGAACCGUUCAUAUAAAAAAUCAUGAUGGAUCAGUUCAUAUUUUAUUUGAACUGUGUUUAGUUCCUUCCAUCAUUAGUUUCAUUUGUUGAAAAAUGAAAC